UGGAUGCUGAUGGCAAGGUUAGAUGUUGGAUUGACGCCAGUGAGCCGGGUACCGGGAACUGGAUGAAAUAUGUACGCAGUGCUCCAACACUUGAGGAGCAGAACAUGGUACCAGUGAAUAUAGAAAAUAAGGUUUAUUACAAGGUCAUCCAUCCCAUCGCCCCAGGCAAAGAGCUCCUAGUCCUGAAGGAAGCGGCGUUCCCUGACCAGGAAGGCAUCCCCAUACAACUCAUAGAAGAGAAGAGGUUCCCAUGCAGCGACUGUGAGGAGGUAUUCCGCUCCAAGGUCGCCUUGAGACGACACCAGAAAUACGCCUGUCGGAACUCCAAUAACAUCUUCACUGGUUUAAAUCAACAAUUCCACACCCACCAAGUCCAAGCCACCAAUCUGACAUCUGAUCGAGACGAGUCUGCUACCGAUAUGCAAGGAAAGUACCAGCAGUCUUCAGGUAGCGAUUCUGAAGAAGAAGAAGAAGAGAUAGAGGAGCGUGGUGAAUACCGAGCCAACCGUGACUUCCAUUGCGACAAGUGCCCCAAGAGCUUCCACUGGAAGUCCAACCUCUUGCGACACCAGAACGAGCACAACGACGACCAUCUGUUCCCCUGUGAGCACUGCGACAAGACCUUCUCAGACCCCAGCAACCUGCAGCGUCACAUCCGCACGCAGCACGUCGGGGCCCGCAGCCACGCUUGCCCAGAGUGUGGCAAGACCUUUGCCACCUCCAGCGGGUUGAAGCAGCACACCCACAUCCACAGCAGCAUCAAGCCUUUCAUCUGCGAGGUCUGCCUGAAGUCCUACACGCAGUUUUCCAACCUUUGCCGUCACAAGCGCAUGCACGCUGACUGCCGCACGCAGCUCAAGUGCAACAACUGCAGCCAGAUGUUUGCCACCAUCACCUCCCUGAAUAAACACCGCCGCUUCUGUCACGGCAGCCAGCUCCUUAACAGCCAGAUACCCACCACCCAGACCACCAGUGUGCCACCUGUGGUGCGUAAUGGGAGUUGUCCUGUGAUGACUCCUAACCCUACCCUUAUGGGGGUUGGUAUGCUUGGAGCAAACAACCCCCUACACCCAGCCAACCUGGCCCACCUCUGGAAUGCCAAUUUACACCUGACCCAGCAGGCCCUCUUACAAAAUAACCUCCUUGGAUACCCAGGUUCUGAUAAGACCCCCCUCCCUAGCCAUCCCUACUUCAUGGGUUAUCCACCAAUGCCAACCCAGUCACCUCUCCUGCCAGGCAAUUUUAACAAGCAGAACCAUACCUCAAAGAAUGGAAGCCGGGGAACGAGUCCAAAUGGAUCCAUCAACUCUACCGAAGACUGGUUGAAGCAUUACACUUCUUCUGUCAGUCCAAGCAAGCGUGGGUUCCAGCCUGCCGACGGAUAUACAGCUAAGAUCAAGAGAGAGGCCAAUGAGAAAACAGAGAGUGAAGUCAGUGAUGGCAGCGAUGUGUCCAACGUAAGCACCCCAACAGGCAGUGACCUGGAUUCUACCUCUGGCAGUGACCUAGAUUCAGACAGCGAAGGGAAUGCAGAAAACAAAGCCCAUCGGAAAGUAGCCCACCGGCACAGCAGCAACAGGAAUGAACCCGAGCACCUGACACAUCAAGCUGUAAGGAAUGAUAGAAGGUUGGAGACUAGGGUAACAGCCAGUGAGCCAAUGAAAGCCAUUGCUUCCAUUGCCGAGAAAUAUUUUGGCGGGGCUCAUCACGAUAAUGGCUUGUUGAAGUCUGAAAUGAGGAGCAAUGGUCACGGUGUGGACAACAGCCUUCAUCGAGAUGCUCGCUAUGGAUCUGGCAUAAUCGGCAUCCAGCAAGAGUCACCUUUUGACCUCUCCAAGAGGAGGCUGGGAAUUCUCCAGCAGCGUUCCACUCCCCAUGCAACAGGAGAAGAGCCUUUGGAUCUAAGCCUUCCCAGACGCAAACGGGUGUCAUCCAUCACAGACACGCCAAUCAAAAAGUCAGAGUCCCACAGUCCCCCAAAUCACCACUGCAGCCAUGACAAGACCUCAACAGAGCCCUCCAAAGGCUCAGCAGACCUCUAUGCAAAACCAGUGCCCCUCGUCAUGCCAGAUCCAAUCUAUAGGGUAAACGGGGACAUGCUCCCCAACAAGUUCAUGCGCAUGGAUUAUAGCCACCUCUUUCCCAAUGCCGCCUUUCAGAACUUUCGUAAAUUUGAUCAAUACCAUGCAGAGAAGAGCCUGGGCAAGUCAGGCCUCAGUCCACCCCACCGUACCUACCCCGGUAGCGUGCUGUAUCCAAGCAGUGGGGAGAAGAUGAUUAUGAGGAGCAAGGAUCGUUAUACCUGUAAGUAUUGCGGGAAGCUCUUCCCCCGCUCAGCCAAUCUGACGCGUCAUCUCCGAACCCAUACAGGGGAGCAACCAUACUCCUGCAAAUACUGCGACCGAUCUUUCAGCAUCUCCUCCAACCUUCAGCGCCAUGUCCGCAACAUCCACAACAAGGAGAAGCCCUUCAAGUGCCCACUCUGCGAGCGCUGCUUUGGGCAGCAGACCAACCUGGACCGGCAUCUGAAGAAACAUGAGAAUGAGCGAGCUGAGGAGAUAGCACUGUCUACAGCGUCUGAACACAACGUCAUCGUAGCUGCCCGUCUGAUGGCCAAGACCAAGUCCUUCAAGGAGCCCAGUGAUCUGAACGAGAAGGAUGAGUCCUAUUUCGAUGAGAUCAAGAACUUCAUUGAUGAUGCCAAGGAGAAAGAGGCCUUGAGGCGGAAGUUGAUGGAGAUGGAAGCCACUGCAGCAGUUAUGGCUUCCAAACAGGUCCAGAGUCCAUCCGUCUGCAGCUCGUCAACUGAGGUGAAGGAGGAAGAACCUAGGCCAGAGAAGAUGGAAGAUGACAAAGACACACCAGAGGAUGCAGAAGAAAGUGAUCAGGAAGACAAGGAGAUGAAAGACAUUGAUAAGGAAGAUCCUGAAGAAGCAGAGGAAGCUCAGGAGGAAGAAGAGACAAUGAUCAACCCUGAGAAGAGAGAAGACAUCGCUAAUCCAUCCUCCAUCGCCAGAGAGCCCACCUUUCCUCAGGAGGAGGACAUGUCUGACAGCAUGAAUGAGAGCGAAGACCUGAGUGAUGGAGAAGAGGUCACCAAGUCUCCCAGCAUCACCUCUGAAGAAGAUCCCCGCAUGGAAGAAGGCGCUUCAGAUGCCGCCCCGGUCAACUUCGGCCUCCCAAAACCAGCGUCGAUGUUCAGCAAUGCCCAUGAUGAGUCUGAGCUGCCAGAUGUCGACAUUCUGAGGGAGGGAAGGGCCAACCUCAGUCGCCAUUCCAAACUCCAAGCUUACUCCCUCAUGAUGGCACUGUCAGAUGAUGAGCCCCGUAGAGGGGACGGGGCACGGAGAUCACUGCAUUCAACUCACCAUGCUCCUGUGCACACUGCCACGCCGGUUUAACAAGGUAUUUACAAGAGAGGAAUUGAAACCAUGAUAUCCUUACAAAUCUUUAAAACCAUUCGGUCGUAUUCAUGUGUACAUAGCCAACAACAGUAUCAUAUCUCUAUUUUGUCGUCAGUAAUGUCAAGUAUAGAUGUUCUGAUAUGUGAACAAAUAUUCACAUGGAAUUUUAUUACUGAAUAAACUAUCCAAGCCACAUUGAGCAUUUCUCAACCCACCCAGAUUGAAAAACCACCGAUCAAAUUUAUGACUGUCAGCUGGAUGAAGCCCACCUUACUCUAAGAAUUUGCCCCCUGAAGCUUCAGGAGGCAUAUUAUUAUUGUAAUCAAGUAAUGAAUGUAUUCAAUGGUCAAUUACCAAUUUGGGAAUUGAUCGCUAAUCCACCUUUAGUGUAUGUUCACGAUUAAUCAAGAUAAAGAUCCAGAAUCAAUAUAUUGGGUCGAUUAUUGCGGAAUAGAUGAGGUUUAUUUGGGAAUCAACGAAUGUGAUAUUCUUUAUAAAUUAUUGCUUAAUUGUAUUAUUGCUCAACUGUACAUACGAAAUUAGUUUAUAUGCUUCACCUAAGCACAAUCUUUAAUAAAAAUUUAAUUUCUUUGCAUAGAAAAUUGCAUUGCCUUUUUACAAUCAGAAUAAUUAUUUAGAGCUAGCAGUAAUUUUUUUUAUUUGAUUCUUUUUAUGAUUGAAUUGCAGUAAUUUUUUUAAGCUUUCCUUUAUUGAUUAGCCAGUCAGUAAAUAGUUUAUGUCUCUUGUUGCGAGGAAACAAGCCUAAUUUUAUUUGUGAUUCAGAAAUUUGAUUUUUUUUUUCCCCGUGCAUAUAUUAAUGACAACACAACACAGAUGUUCACAGAUCCAACACAAUUGCAUGUGAGGUAGACAUCGUGUGAUCUCAUAAUGCCAUAUAGCUAAAGGUAGCGUCCAUCAUUUGUAAUUUGUGCAUUAUGUUCGUUUGAA